AACUUCAGCAACAAUGUCCUCCCCGAGAUCCCCAANAAGUACAAGGCCGUCAUCUACGACGAGCCCGGCAAAAUCAGCACAAAAGUCGUCGAACUCGACACACCCACGCCCGGCCCCGGCGAAGUACUCAUAAACCUCACACACAGCGGUGUCUGCCACUCGGACAUGGGCAUCAUGACCAACAGCUGGAAAGCCCUUCCUCACCCAACCCAAGCCGGGCAGGUUGGUGGCCACGAAGGUGUCGGCAAGAUUGUUGCCAUGGGCCCUGGCACAGAAAAUGCUGCAGUCAAGGUUGGCCAGAGGGUGGGUGUCAAGUGGAUCAGUGGGAUUUGUGGCGGUUGUCCUGCCUGUUUGAGUGGGCAUGACGGUGUGUGUUUCAAUCAGAAGGUUAGUGGGUAUUACACGCCUGGCACGUAUCAGCAAUACGUUUUGGGACCUGCGGAUUACUCCGGCGACUUUGUCGUCCUCCUCGGCGCCGGCGGUGGUCUCGGUCACAUCGCCACCCAGAUGGGCUCCCGCGGCAUGGGUAUGCGCAUCAUCGGCAUCGACCACGGCAGCAANAAAGACCUCGUCCUCUCCAGCGGCGCCGAGCACUUUAUCGACCACACCACCUCCAAAGACGUGGCCGCCGACGUGCAAGCCCUGACCGGCGGACUAGGUGCGCAAGCUGUGUUGGUGUUGACAGCAGCAAACGGUGCUUAUGCCAGUGGUAUGCAGUUGCUCAAGUUUGGCGGCACGCUGGUUUGUGUGGGGUUGCCUGAGGGUGACUUGCAGCCUAUUGCAACUGCUUUCCCGCAAGUGCUGGUGGCCAAGGAGCAAAAGAUUGUGGGCUCUGCAGUCGGAAACAGAAAAGAGGCCAUCGAGACUUUGGAUUUGGCUGCUAGAGGCAUCAUCAAGACGCACUUCCGAACAGCAAAGAUGGAUGAGUUGACCAGUAUCUUUGAGGAGAUGGACCAGGGUAAGAUUCAAGGAAGAGUCGUCUUGGAUUUGCAG